AUGUCUGACGACGAGGUACCGACGCUGGUGCCUGCUGGCGGCCAAGAGAAAUCCCAAAAGCCUCUGGGCAUGCGAAAAAAUGGCAAGCAAUGGCAUGAACAGAAAAAAGCUUUUCGCCCAACCAAGGGCCUCACUACCUUCGAGAAACGAGCAAAGGAAAGAGCCGCGAUGGCCCAAAUGAAGGCAAAAGAGAAGGAAAUGAAGGAUGAGAAGGAGCAGGCACGAAAGGAGAAAAUCGAAAAAAUACGUGAGAAUCGUGCCAAGAAGGAAGAAAGGGAGCGAUACGAGAAGAUGGCUGAGACGAUGCAUCGGAAACGAGUUGAGCGAUUGAAGAGGAAAGAGAAGCGCAACAAGUUGAUCAACUCAUGA